AAAGUCUCAGAGUGGCGAAGUCGUUUGGAAACGCCCGGACCAUCUGUACAGCGAGGUGGGGUGGGUGGGAAGUUUACUGGGGCCAGUGAGAUGAACUUUAAACACCUCCCAAACGACUCGUUUCUCAGCCUUUGGACCUGAUCCAUGGCGAGGUCUCACCUCCAUAAUGCCUUUUGGGAAAAAGGCGGAAUUUUGGAAACAAAAAAAAAAAACCCGAAUAAACCUUUUUGGACAUUUUCCUCCCCCUGCGGGAGUGGCCGUGAUCAUAUUUCUUCCUGGCAUUCCCGGAUUAUCAGUCGAUCAGCACUUUUCGAAACCCCGGGAAUACUUGAAUCAAAGGAAUAAUUACAUUCUCAGAAGGGCCUCAUCUCUUUGGAAGGGCCCAGGUUCAGUCAGAGACCUCCAGACCCAUCGCCCUCAAAUAAAGCAGAAGCCGCGGGAGACCCAGCCUGGGUGUUGGGGCCCAGGCUUUGGUCAUGAGUCUGGGCUACAGGCAAGCCCGAGGUUCCGCUGAGCGUCAUCACAUUCGCUGCCUGCUCCUACCAGGCGGCCAAUCAACAUUUUUGGACCAAAUGAAUAAAAGCAAAAAGCACUGCCUGGUGUCCUCGCCUUGCCUUCAGGUUACUCCCGGAAGCAAGGCUGCUAUAGCUAAUUUAUGUAUUGGAGAUAUAAUUACAGCCAUCGAUGGGGAAAAUACCAGCAAUAUGACGCACUUGGAAGCUCAGAACAAAAUCAAGGGCUGUGUAGACAACAUGACUCUCACAGUAUCCAGAUCUGAACAUAAAGUCUGGUCUCCUCUCGUGACAGAGGAAGGGAAACGUCAUCCGUACAAGAUGAACUUAGCCUCUGAACCGCAAGAGGUCCUGCACAUAGGAAGUGCCCACAACCGGAGCGCCAUGCCCUUCACCGCCUCGCCUGCCUCCGGCUCUGCCCCCAGGGUCAUCACAAACCAGUACAACAACCCCUCCGGCCUCUACUCCUCUGAAAACAUCUCCAACUUCAACAGUGCCUUGGAGGCAAAGACGGCAGCCGGUGGACCAGAGACGAACGGCAGAGGCUUAGAGCAUUCUCAGUCUCCAAGCGGACUCGUCAUCGACAAAGAAUCCGAAGUUUACAAGAUGCUUCAGGAGAAACAGGAGUUAAAUGAGCCCCCGAAACAGUCCACUUCAUUCCUGGUGUUGCAGGAGAUCCUGGAAUCGGAGGAGAAAGGGGAUCCCAACAAGCCCUCGGGAUUCAGAAGUGUGAAAGCUCCGGUCACCAAAGUGGCUGCAUCGAUUGGAAAUGCCCAGAAGUUGCCCAUGUGUGACAAAUGCGGCACCGGCAUCGUCGGCGUGUUCGUGAAGCUGCGGGACCACCACCGCCACCCUGAGUGUUAUGUGUGCACCGACUGCGGCACAAACCUGAAGCAGAAGGGCCAUUUCUUUGUGGAAGAUCAAAUCUACUGUGAAAAGCACGCCCGGGAGCGGGUCACCCCACCGGAAGGCUACGACGUGGUCACUGUGUUCCCCAAGUGAGCCAGCAGAUCUGCACCGAACACUACUCUCCCACUAGCCCUGUCGCGCCUCGUCCCUGCCCCGCCCUGUCCUCUCUCGGAGGUCCCUGCUCCCUGUGGUUUGAUCCCUGCUCAUAAACGUGGCGUCCCCGCCUGUGCUAACUGGCUCCCACUGCCCUGUGAUGCUGCCUCUAUAGUGCGCGGAAGAGCGUUUUGUUCCGUGUCCCCUGCCAGCAUCCUCUCUUCACCUCAGUUCGUCUGCUGCACACGGACAGCAGCCCAAUCAGAAGCAAACCGAACGGACUGUGUCUGCCGUUGGUUUUGUUUUUACUCAAUAAAUGUAUGGACUCUAAGGCA